AUGGCAUGCGCCAUCGCUGACUCUAGAGUAUCAUUCUUUCCCAAAGCAGAUGGAGUAAUUCUGAGAUCGACAAAUGUCAUAGCGCCGGUUGAUCGCCCACAGACCAUUGGCCCAAUCCUCGAUCGGGAGAACUUCGAUCAUCCCAUAAAGUCUUGGUCGCCAGACAUCAAAAAUACCUUCUAUCCCAAGUCCGAAGCCGAUCAACCAUCAGUAAUCCCACAGAAGCCGCCUGAAUUUACCGACCGAUAUCUGCGGGCCUUCCUUGCGGAGCAGGAGAGACUCAGGCUUUCGGUGCUUUGGUAUUACACUCGCGAUAUCCUCCAAGAACAUGAAUUUCUUGCCGGCCUCCAAGAGAAAGUACAGUUGGCCACAGAAUCAACAGGGUGGGAAUAUGCAGUCGCUGGAUUCCUCGAUAUCAAUGUCUAUCACCGUCUGGCCACCGUAGGACUUCCACUAGGCAUCUUACCGCGCGGUGAAACAAUUUGCGGCCAUGCCGUCACUCAACCUCCGGGUAGCGUAUUUUUUCUACCGAAGAUGGUUGAAGACUGGAGAUUUCAGGAGUGCCCUAUGCUCGUGAAGACUGGGCUUUGUGCCUAUGCCGGGGUACCGCUUCGAUUUAAAACAGAAUCUGGACACACUGUCGGCCUUGGAACUUUCUGCGUUGCCUCAAGCAAGAGCGAGGAGGCCUUGACCGAACCGCAGCAUCGCGCGCUUAUUAACCUCGGCGACUGGGUUGUGUCCGAUCUAGUGCAAUGUACGAGAGCAAGACGACAGCGAGAAAGGCAGCGGAUGUUUGAACUUCUCACCAAGGCACAGGAUGAUACUAAGCGGGCAGUUUCUACGGAACCAGUCUUUGAUAUCUUGCGCUCUGUGUAUCCCGAUGCAAUCGUUCGUCUACAGCCAUCUAGAGUGGACCAAGUCGAGUUUGAGGGAUGUGACUCGAUUCCAGUCUCUGAAAUCAAAGGGGGCUUGUGGGAGAAUGUCGAGUACCUUGAUGACUUCAUUGCGAAUUCAAAUCAUCUCCCUCUCCCAUCUGACAAACCGGCACGCAUACUUGCCGCGUCAUACGACAGUAUCUCAGGGUCCUCUUUACUCAUUGUGGCCACCAAAGAUUUCCGCCUUGUGUUUGACGAUGCCGAUGCAUGGUUUGUUCAGGGCUGCGCAGAUAUUCUUUCUCAAAUGUGGCGCAAAGCUCUUUUGGCUGAGGCUCUGAUAGCCAAAGAGAAGUUCCUUCGCGCAUUUUCUCACCAACUACGAACUCCAGUCCAUGGCAUCCUAGGUGCGGUGGAACUUUUGGCUGAAGAGUUCAACUCGCCUAACAUGAGUACAGGCAGCUUUCCAGUGUCUGCAAAAGAGCAAUCUAUCUUCAAAUUGGAGACGAAGUCACACGAUCCCACGACAUACAUCAACAUGAUCAAGAUGGCUGGUCGCGAUCUUGCGUCAAUUAUCAAUAAUCUGAUCGCUCUCAAUAAGUGGUCUGAUAUCGCGAUUGCUGAGCGACAUUAUGCGAUGCACACUUUGGACGAGCUCGAGACGGAGAUUGGAAACGAGAUAGCAAAGGUCAUUAUUGGCGAUGGAAGAUACACAUGUUCCUUCUUCUUCACCCAGAACGUUCCCGUCGGUUGCUCGAAAUUUUGUACCGAUAUGUGUGUGCUCCGAGAUACCCUUCUCCCGUUGGUGAUCAAUGCCAUUCAAUCUACCCCGCAGGGCAUUGCGUCAGCCAACGUGUCAAUACAUCCAGACCGCAAGCUACUUGUCAUAGACAUUGAAGACACUGGCAAAGGUAUCCACUCUGAUGACCAUCGACGUAUUUUCGAGCCGUAUGAGAAAGUUGACCCGCACUGGGCGGGUGCGGGACUAGGCUUGACGCUCGCCUCGAAAUUUGCAUCACUCAUUCAUGGUUCAGUUGAACUUGUUUCUUCAGCGAUUGGUCGUGGUUCUCAUUUCAGAGCCACUUUUCACGAAGUUCAGUUUGAGUUCUUAUCUCACCUCCCGCAAUCUCUGGCCUUGAAGCUGGAUGGCUUGCCCUUGCAAUUCUACAAAAUGACAGCGGGCUCUGGUUCUUUAUUACUGGGCGAUCGCUUUGCGUCUUUCCUGAUCCGCAAUGGAUUUACUCGUUCAGAAAAGAAGCAGAACUCUUUGCUCAUUGUCGAGGGUGAUCUCGACAUAGAGACCCGUGCAUGUUUGGCUCAGAUACCUUCCGACCAAGUCGCAUUUUGUCUCGUCUCGAUCUCAGGAGAGACGCACUAUCACCGGGAGACUGACAAGAACAUCAUCUAUGUCGAUGGUCCCUUUUUGACCUCAACAUUCCAUUCAGCUCUUGAAAAGGCACGGUCAUAUCUCCGAGCGUAUGCCUCUCAAACGCGUCAACUAGAAUCACAUAACACUGACCCCUCCACAAUCACGCCCCUAUCAAUAUCAAGAGUCACGAUCGCCGACGAAAGUACUGAACCUGACCCAACAAAUGUUAUGUCGAAUCACCUCACCCUUGACUCCUCCCUACCACUGACAUCACAACCAAACUUCAUAGUUUCCAUUGACUUGAAGAUACCCACUACAUCCACCUCACUUUCCCGACCAUCACAAAGACCUGUUGUUCUUAUUGUCGACGACAAUGCAGUCAAUCUCCGUGUCAUGGAAACGUACUGUAGUAAACGAGGCUUACCAUAUUUAUCCGCAAUGCACGGCAGACAAGCCGUCGAUAUUUUCACCAAACACCAGAAGCAAGUGUCCGAAGACUCAGACUCCGAAUCCCCUAUCCAACUGAUUUUCAUGGACCUGCAAAUGCCGAUAUGUGGUGGCAUCGAGGCCACCCAACAAAUACGGGCGUUGGAAAAUUUGAAUAACUGGAAGCAAAGCUUUGUUUUUGUCAUGACUGGCCAAGAUAGCGCGGCAGACAGGAACGCUGCAGAGCACGCCGGCGCUGACGAGUACUUUGUAAAGCCUGUUGUUAUCAAGCAACUUGAUCGUGUGUUGAAACAAUGUUUCCCGGAUUUUGGGGGAAAUUAG